AUGGCGCAAUACAAAGGAGCUGCCAGCGAGGCUGGCCGGGCACUCCAGCUGAUGAAGAAGAGGGAGAGGCAGCGGGAACAUAUGGAACAGAUGAGGCAACGGAUUGCUGAGGUGAAAGGAAGCAGAAGGUCCUAAGGGGCAAGAUGGGGGGGGUGUAAUUUGGUUGCUGAGAGAGGUAUUACCAUGAGGGUGUGGUGCAGAAGCAUUGGAGGACUCUGAGUGCAGGGAAUGGGAAAGAAGGCAGCAGCAUGGAAUUGUCUGUUCUUUGAUGCCAGGUUGUCAGGAAGAGCCAGUGCAAAAUACGGAAAGGUGUUUUCAGAAUGAUCAUAGAAUUUUGUAGAGUUGGAAGGGACCACGAGAGUCAUCUAAAAAGUUUCAAUGCUUUUCAUAUGUGAUGCUUUUCAAAUGCACCUUUAAGCCAUUUUUCUGCAAUCUGUAGUGUUCAUACAGUAUAAGAAACCAAAUUGAGGCAUUAAAAAAUUAAGCAGAUGUUCUAAUAAAUAUUUAACAGUGUAUUCAAAUUAUGGUUGCAGGUAAUACAGUACCCUAGCCCAUGGUGAAGCUGAGCAUGCUGAGUAAAAAUACAUUAAACCAACGUAUCUAUCUUUUGGCAAUAGUUGUAGAUAAUCGUUUCCUCAUGAUUCCUUCCCCCCACAGCAUUUCAGUUGGCCCUUGGCAUGGUUUUUUGUUUUUUCUUUAACUUCACUGCUCUCUUCCAUUAUAGAGUUGAAGGGGUACUGUUGGUCAGUUCAAUCCCUGCCCUAAGCAACCUUAAAUAUUUUCCCUUGAAAACCUCUCUAGGAAGAUUUCACAACUUGUUGUUUUACCAUAGGGAUGGAGAACCUCUGUUCUUCCAGAUGUUGACCUUCAGCUCCCAUCAGCCUGGCUAGCAUAGCCAACGAUCAGGGAUGACAGGAGUCGUAGUCCAAAAGCAACUGGAGGGUCACAGGUUCUCCAUCUCUCUAUCACCAGAUUUCUCUUAGAGGUUUUUAUUCUUCUGGCUUGAUGUAUUCUGUAUAUUCUCGUCUCCCUUUCAAUCACUUGUCCAUCCCACCUCUUGUAAGUUUUGGCUACCAGAUUAAAAAAUUCCUGUGUGGUUGUAUCCCUUUUUGUGAAUAUUCGUUUUCUGCAUGACUAUGGUUUGCAGUUUUCUUCUUUUAUUACUGUCAGAAAUUGCCCAUCUUCCCCAACUUGUCUGUCACAUAACGUAUCUUUCCAAUAUACUUUUCUAACUGUCUGAGUAUAGUGAAGUACAUUCCCUCCGCCCCACCUCUUUUAAAACCUGGACUUUGUUAUCCUUUCUCUUUCCUUUUAUUUGACUAAUCACAUCUUUCAUGUUAGGAUCAUCACUAUCACAUUGUCUGUUAGUAUUGCUCUGUCAAAGUGAACUAAGAUUUAAAUGAAUUGAGAUUCUGACCAUUCUAUUAACCUGCUGAAAGAGAAAAAAAUAAUCUCAAAUGCAUGUAAGGUCCCUUGCAUAGUUAAAUAGGUUCUGUCUCCAACAAGUAUAGUAAUUGCAGAAAAUUUAGAAAAAUUAUAGGUGCUCAGAAAUGUGCCUCAAAAGAUGAAAUAUUUCCAGUCCUGAGUUAGUUCCUUAUUAUAUUGAACAUGUGUGGGAAACACUGGGGCCUCCAGAUGUCAGUGAACUGCAAUUCCCAUCAGUGUGGCAAAUGGUGAAGGAUGUUGGUAGUUGUAGUUCAGCAGCAUUUGGAGGGCCAAACACCUGAUCUUGAAUAUUGCUUUGCUGCUUUGCAACUUGAACACCAAGCACAUGCCUUUGAAAUCUCCCUAUCCUCCGAGCAGUAGGGCAUAGCAUAGCUGCUUCUACCUACUCCAGUCUUGGCAUCUCUCUCCCUCUACCUGCUGUCACAAGCAAGAAUCCCAAGUGUGCCGUACCUGAGGGGGGCGGUGGAUGACAGGACCAGUGAGGGAGCAGACACAACUUCCUUUUCUUCUGCUUUAUUAGGAGAUUUAAAGUUUUAUAUGAAGUGCCUGGGCUGCAGCACUGCUUUUUUCUGUAGUGUUAAGCUCCCCAAACAGAAAUGUGUUUCCCUAGAAACAGGAGAGCUUAGAUUGUGCAGUGUGUAUUUAGUGCCAAAGAACAAUUUAAUUCUUUAUUAGAGAAUUCCUCAUUCAACGACUCUGAUUGAUUUUGCGGGUCUCUAAGCGGACAUUCACAGUGUUAUCUUUUUUCCUUCAUCCAGAUACAUUCACAGGUAUUGCCAUUCCCUUCAUCUUGGACCUGGGUGACCGUAUACUUUUUCUGCAAUGCAUUGAGUUUAUAGACUACUUUCCCCCUUUCCCUGUGUUUUUAUAACAAGCUAUACCCCCUGAAUAAUAAUGACACUUCAGUCUUGAGAGCUUUCCCCAACAAGUCUUGCCAACAGUACCACUGCUUCUGACAAUGUUUAGCUCACCUUGCUUGCUUCCCCUGGGUUCCCUCUUAGUAUACAAAAAUGCUGUGUGCUUGAAAGUCUCAAAUGAGCUCUCUUCUUGCCUUGGACCUUUCUGUGCUUUUGCAGGGCACUUGUUCCUUCCAAAAAUGAUUACAGAUCCUUGGACUUUGUUCUCUGGGCUCACAUCUCCCAACCAUUUAGAUCAGCCUUCCCAGUGUGGUACUUUUCAGAUGUUUUGAAUUACAGUUGCCGUCACUCUUGACUGUUGGCCAUUCUGGCUGGGACAGGUGGGGGCUGGAGUCCAGAACAUCUGGAGGAUACCAGAGAGGGGUGUGCUGUAGCUCACUUAUUGGAUUGACAAGGCAAGGGCAAUGUUGAUAAAACAAAUACAGUUUGGGGUGUUGGCCCUUUCUUGUGGAGCCCAACUUCUCAGCCUUGAAGACACUGAAUUCCUCCUGGCAGCACUGCCUGUGAAGCAAAGCAUUCUGGUUGAGGACCUUUCCAUGCCCAACUUGACUUCUUUCCUUGGUGAAAAGGAUUUCCCUCUUUUUCUUUACUUCUUUCAAUCAAAAUCAGUAGAAAAUGUACAUAAUCUGCCCCAGGUCUUUGGAUUAAGGUAGGCUAUGAAUCUAAAAUAGUUGGGAUACAGAGUGUGAGUGCUUAUCUUAACCAAGGGCAGGAUGAGAUGAGAACACUAAGGGCAUGUGAGGUUUUCCUAUGGCUGCCCUGACCCCAAACAGCACAUGGGUUGAUGUCCCCUAAUCUGUGUUCCUCCUCCUCUUGGGGUAGUUGUACAUCUUUGUAGAUUUAGUCUAAGAAGGUGGGCUGGAAGUAGUAACUGGGAUAUCGCUGAGUCUCUAGCUUCUUGCAGCAGCAAACUUGAUCUCCUCUUUCCCAUGGCAGGAGAACAUCAUGAAGUCAAACAUUGACAAGAAAUUCUCAGCUCACUAUGAUGCAGUGGAAGCUGAGCUGAAAUCCAGCACUGUUGGUGAGUGUGGGAAGGGAGCCCAGUGCUGGGGAAUGAAGCUGCAGGGGUCCCAGUCUCCAUUCUUUGACUUGAAUGGAUGAAUAGACUCUACUUCCCUGCACAGAGCUGGGUAAUCAUCACAUGGGAGGCCUGAUUCCCAGCACAUUUUCUUCUGAUAGGUCUGGUGACCCUCAACGACAUGAAGGCCAAGCAAGAGGCUCUCGUAAAGGAACGGGAGAAGCAGCUGGCAAAGAAGGAGCAGUCCAAGGAGCUGCAGCUGUGAGUUGUGGGUGUUCUGGGUAGACUGGGAUGGGCAAUAUUUUUUCUCUCCUUCAUGAAUGUUCCCCCUGUACUAUAGGGUGGUGUAUAAGAUCUGGAGUACCGUAAUGGUUAAGACCGUAGAGUUGGAUGGGCCAUGGAGAUCAUCUGGUCCUAGCCCUUGGCACACUGUACCUUCAGCAUUCCUGGUGGGUGGCUAUUCAGAUGUAGGCUGUGCAGUGAGAGCAUCCCAUUUUAAACUAUAGAACACUAAGACAUGCAGUCAGUCAUGUUCAGGAGAGGCAGAACAAGGUGCUUCUUCAUGCAUUGCGUAAUUUUGAAAUCUACUAAGCCUUUGUGAGUUUAAAAAAGGGAUAAAUCUGUUAAUUAGCCUGUCAACUAAGCGAAUGGAACUUCUAUGUCCAGAGGCAUUAUAUCUGCACAAAACUAAGAAAAAAACCUGGAGCUUAACCAGGAAGAAUAUUGCCUUCCUGCCUUUCUUGUGAGCUUCCCAAGGCAACCACUGGCUACGGUUGGAAGCAAGGGUGCUGGGCUAUGGGGUGCUUGAUCUGAUCCAGCAGGGCCUUGAGCAAGCCACUAUUUUCUCUCAGCUUUAGUGCCUCCUCCUGCAGUACCGGCAGCAUAAUACUGGCCAAACUUACAAGGUGGUUGUGAAGAUUACUGCAGUAAUGCUUGUGAAACACUUUGAGCAUUGUUAAGCACAGGUACUGCCUGAAGGCUUAUGAUGCAGCCACUCACUGGGUCUGGGUCUGGGUCUGAUCUGGAUGGGAGACUGCCUGACAACCCCAUGAAAGUUGCCUUAAAUUCCAAGAUGAAAGCAAGGCAGAUUAUAAAUAAUCCUAAAUAAAUAAGGACACGUUGUUAUUUGCUUCCCUCUAGUAUAGCAGCUUUGUGACUCUUAAGUUCCCUUCCUGCCCAUCUCCCUAAUCUGAGAAGUAUGACCAAUCUGGGGAUACUCUAACAUCAACCCCUCUUUCCUCUUCAGGUCACUUGCUGUUUUUCAACUCUCUGCUUUCCUCCACCAUCUUUGGAAUGCUUUGUUUCCCCCUCCCCGUGAGGGGACAUGCCCUGUGAAGCUGAUGUUGGCUUGUUCCUCAUAGGAAGCUGGAGCGCAUGCGGGAGCGGGAACGCAAGCAGGAGCAGAAGCGCAAGAUCUCAAGCUUGUCCUUCACCCUGGAUGAGGAGGAGGAAGAUGAUGGCAUCGAGGAGGAAGAGGAAGAGGCAGAGCUGGAGCGGGAAGGUGAGGACUGGAAGGCUGGGUGCUCCCAGGUGGAGAGGGAAGCCCAGGUGGGCCUGGAUAGUGGUGAUGCUGGAAGCAAGGUGGGGCUGUGAAGGGAUGGCUGUGAAGUUUCAAGGGUAGCUCCUCAUUCUUGUCUGAUUGCACCACCUCCCUCAGAGCUGGCCCGCAAGAAGAAGAAACUGGGGAAGAACCCAGAUGUGGACACCAGCUUCCUGCCUGACCGUGACCGUGAGGUACGCUGCUUAUCUGCCUUCUGUGGCGCCCAACCACCUCCAUCCUCAAGUGCCCUGGAGGGGUCCCCAAUGCCCCUUGCCAGCUACAUCUUGCAGGGCACUUUGCUCCCAUCUUUCCCUCUGUGGAUUGUUCCUUUCUGCACUAAGGCAGGAGCAAGGAUCCUGUGGCCUCUCCUGAAGUUACUGGACUGACUCCAGCUCCCAUCAUCCCUGACCCACUGGCCAUAUUGGCUGGAGGCUGAUGGGAGUUGGAGUCCAAAACAUCGGGAAGGUGCUGGGUUUCCCCAGCCCCACCAAGGCAUCACCUUGACAGCUUUUGCCUUCCCCUCCUCCGGUUUCCAGGAGGAAGAAAAUCGCCUGCGAGAAGAACUUCGGCAGGAGUGGGAAGCCAAACAGGAGAAAAUAAAGAGUGAGUGAUGGAAUGUGGUGUCGGUGGCCUGGCCUCGACCACUGGUUAUCAGAGCCUGUCAUGUGGUCAUAACAGGGGAGGGGUAUUGUUUAUAGGAAGAUGUUGGAGAUUUUCAUAUUUCUUCUGAUGAGAGAGUUUUUAUUCUGCCCUUCUCUUGGCUCCUCUGUGAUUUUCCUCUCCCACCAGGUGAAGAAAUAGAAAUCACCUUCAGCUACUGGGAUGGCUCUGGGCACCGCCGGACUGUCAAGGUGAGCUUUGCUCCAUGCGACAUUGGGCUCAGUUCUUAGCUUUGGAAAAGGAGUUGGUGGCUUAGCGUGUGGGGUGGUAGGAGCCCAGAUGGUUGGCUUUUUCCAUUCAGUGCACCAGCGGUGGGGAACCUUUUUGUCCUGCAUGCCAAAUCUGACUAGGGCUGGGGGCACCUGCCUGUCAGCUAACAUCCCAAAUGGGAACAGGACACACAACAAAUACAGGAUUAAACCCUGUCCUCCUGCCCAUCAGCUGCUGUCAACAGUGAUGUCAGCUGAUGGGCGGGUGAGCACGGUUUGGGGAAAUUGGCCUUGCGGGCCACAUUGAAACCCCUGGCAGGCAAAGGCUGGCACACAGGCUGGAGGAUCCUCACCCCUGCAGAGCACGAACCCCCAGUGUAUGACCACCUAUGAACUGAUAAUGUUGCUCUUAGCUCUCUACCCCAUGAAUUAAAAGCUACUUGCACCAAAAUAUCCACAGCUUCACUUUACUAAUCUACCAAUUAAGGCCUGAAGCCAUUAAUCUUAUAUGUAAAAUAGUGUCCUCUCAUUCAUAUUCACACACACAGUGGAGUGACUGAGUGUGAGAGAGGGUGUCUAGUGUUUAGAGCCUCAGUUUAUGUUUUUGGUUGAAAUCCCCACUCAGCCAUGAAGCUUACUUUCUGAGUGACUUUGAACCAGUCCCUCUCUCAACCUAGCUGUACAGGAAUGUGGUGAGGAUAAAAGCAUAGAGAACCACAUGUGCUGGCUUGAGCUCCUUGGAGGAAUAACAGGAUGUAAAUGUAAUAAAUACCCCACACAUACUAGCCGUGUGUAUAUCUUUUGAGGAUUCUGCUGGUUAUAUUUUUGGGCUGGGGCAUAUAAAUGAGGGAGAUCCAUUCCAGACUGACUUUCAUUUCCCCGCAGUGCAGAUGAAGAAGGGCAACACCAUCCAGCAGUUCCUGCAAAAGGCCCUGGAGAUCUUGCGUAAGGACUUCAGUGAACUCCGGUAAAGGACUUGGCAGAGUUGAGGUAGCUCACCCAGGGUGGUGGGAAUGGUAUGGCCAAAGCAUAAGAGAGAGAUCAUAGAGUCCAAAUCAUCGUGGUCUAGUAGGGAGUGUAAGAUCUGGCCAUGGUGGAUUUGAGUUAAAAGUCCCUACCUCUUGGCCUUAAAUCUUCAUCUGUAAAAUGAGGAUGAUUCAUUAAUAUGCAAAGUCACAGUAGGAGCUGACAGCACAGACUUUGUAAUGCAGCCAGCAUACACACGUACACGAACACAGAGCAAGCAGAGUGCAGGAGAAAAGUGAAUGCUUUUCUGGAGGAUGUUUCAGUCAGAGUUACUGGCUGAUGAAGGUAUGAGGCUUAUUGGGCAGGGGAAGAUGUUGGCUUUAGACUCUGAGUAUGUCUCUCCUUCGCUCCCCUUGCAGGUCAGCUGGUGUGGAGCAACUUAUGUACAUCAAGGAGGAUCUGAUCAUCCCACAUGUGAGUGGAUGGCCCUGGGCCAGCCUGUUCUGCUUUUCAGAACCCUGCCCCCUUUAUGCAUAGGGAGAAAGCAUCCAAAUUGUACCUAAUUCGUCCUUGUGCUAGUAAUCUAAAAGCCAGAAGAUCUGAACUUCCUUACUUAGACUUUCCAGAGUAUUAGAGGGAUGUGUGUGUAGCAGGAUUCUCCCUCCCUCCCGUCGCCAACAAAAGUUCAAACAAAACUAGGAGGAAACACUUGACUUCUUGUACAUAGGGACUGCUAGUGCUUGCUUUUAGGGAAGUCCACUUCCUGCUUUGAGAAAUAUUUAAAGAGACCCCAACUUCCAUCACCCAGAGUAGUUCCAUGGGGUCUUCCUUUGACUCUGUCAGCAUGUGAAGUGGGAUGGUUAAGCCAGAUUCAGUUAGGUCCCCCCUGGAAAGAAGUGGAAUAGCUAUAGGUCUGUCUGAGUGGGGUGGCACCCCAUUCGUCUUCAAACACUGAAACAAACCCCAGUUAACACUUUCUUUUUGUGGGGGACGCUGCCCUUUGUUUCCAUCCCAGUUCCCAUUUGCCAUAAAUAAAGUAAGUCCAUUGGCUGCGUUCCUCUGUGUGGGCUGGGAAUAUUUUUGAGACAUCCCUUCCUGAACCCAUUUCUUUCUGCCUGUCUAGCACCACAGCUUCUAUGACUUCAUCGUCACCAAGGCCCGGGGGAAAAGCGGUGAGUUUUUUCUGCCCUUCCUCCAUUCUGAGUCUACCUGGGGAAGUAAUGCGGGGGGCACGUUCUGUUCUAGUUACUGUGGCACAGACACAGUGGUGGUCAGAGUCAGAUUGGGCUGCAGUUGCAUGUUGGCAGAGAGAAGGUUGCUUGGGCUAAGAGAAAAGGCAAAGGGGCAUAAACAGAGAAGCAAUGGGCAAAUCACAAUGAGACUGUCCCCUGUGACAUGGCAACAAUCAAAGAGGUAGCGACUGAAGCGUUGGUGAAAAAGGAGAGGCUGAAAAGGGGAUGCAGACUUUCCUGUGGGUUAUAAAGUACUUGGCUGAGGUUGAAGGUUCAAGAGAGGGGUUUGGGCUAUGGGGGUAGGAGUGAUAAGCUCCAAUAUGAGCCUUUUCUCUCUCCCGUGGGGUGCUCCCCAAUCCAGGGCCGCUCUUCAAUUUUGAUGUACACGAUGAUGUUCGGCUUCUGAGUGAUGCAACAGUGGAAAAAGAUGAGGUGAGGAGGAGGGGGGAACCUGGCCCAGCGCUGCCAAGUCCAUGGUCUUUACAGGCCUCCCAACUGAGAAAUCCUUCCACCUGACAUAAGAGCCAGCAUGGUUGUCUCUUACCGCAGGCACUCAGCUUCCUGCACAGCACCCUACCCCACCCCUCCUGACCAUAGUUUCCCCCACCCCAAUUCCCCUCUUGUCCCCAUCUCCAGUCCCACGCUGGCAAAGUGGUGCUUCGCAGUUGGUAUGAAAAGAACAAGCAUAUUUUCCCUGCAAGCCGGUGGGAGCCCUACGACCCUGAGAAGAAGUGGGACAAGUACACGGUAGGGAGUGGGGGAACCGGGGGAAGGGGCGUGAUAAGGAUGGGGGAGCUCUGAAGGAGGGAGCGUUCAGCAGGGGAGAGGCGUCUCAAAUACUGGAAGUGUCAAAUGACUUGCCUUGCGAAUUUAUAGCAGUAUGAGUAUAUCCCUGUGAAAUUAUAUUGGGUUUUUUUCAGAGUACUCUAAAUGCUAUGUCUGUGGUGUCUUGCCCUGUAAGGUAGGCCAAGAUCGAUCAGUAUCCCUGUGUUACUAAUAGAUCAUUGAGAGAUAAUGGCUUGCAUAGAUCUUUGCGGCAAGUUUAAAUAGCUGAGGUGAUAUUGAACUGGGACUGUUUCAGCUCAUGACCCCAUUCCCUUAACAACCACAGUACUCAACAGUCUGUCUUCACAAGUUCUCCCUUGCUGGAACUCUCUUGCCAAGGAAUUCUUGAUGGUGGUCUCUAUCUUCUGCUUCGUCUUCUCUGUCUAACUGAAACUGAGAGGUUUUGCUUGAUGAUGAUGGUGACAACCACAACAAUAACAACAACUUUUAUUAUUUCUGUUCUGCCUAAUUGACUGGGUUGCCCCAGCCACUCUGGAAGGCUCUAAAAAGUCACCUGUUUGACAUCUUUUGGGAGGGCGUUCCACUGCCGAGAAGGCUCUCUGCCUGGUUCUCUGCAACCCCACUUCUUGCAGUGAGGGAACUACCAGAAAGCCCACAGGUGGAUGUCAGUGUCCAGGCUGGACAAUGGAGGUGGAGGCGCUCCUUCAGAUAUAUUGGGCUGAAGCUGUUUAGGGCUUUAAAGGUCAGCACCAACACUUUGAAUUGUGCUUGGAAAUGUACUGGAAGUCCAUGUAGAUCCUUUCGGACCAGUCUUCUAUGGUCACAGCAGUCACUCCCAGUCACCAGUUUAGCUGCCACAUUCUCGGUUAGUCGUAGUUUCCAAGCAAUUGCUUCAUGGUUGUAGACGUUUUAAACUCACCAUUCCUUGAGGCAUUUUGGCAGCAGUCUUUUAUAGCUGUGACGUGGUUUUUGUUGGGACUGGGCUGUUUAUUGUGUUUUAAUAAUCGUAAGUCACCUCAAGUUUUGAAGAAGCAGGAGGGGAGAAUGUUUCAGUGCCUUUAGAGCAGAGAUGGAUGGGAACCUGUGGACCUUAAGAAGUUGUUGUUGAAACCCCAACUCCCAUAAGCCCCAGUCAGCAUAGCAGAUGGUCAGGGAUAAUGGGAACUGGGAGUCCUCCAACAUCUGAAGGUCCCACAGGUUCACCAGCUGCAGUGUUGUGUGUAAUGUGUAGCUUGGCCUAGUGUCCUCCAUUCGAAUUGCUCACUCCUUCAUUCCAGAAUCUUGAGCACCCUGUACUGCAGUUAUUUAGCACAUCUGCAAAGCAAUCAGGUUUGAUCACCCCAUUGUGUGAACCGCCCUGAGAUUGUCGGAUGAAGGGCAGUAUGUAAAUUUAAUUAACAAACAAGCAAAUAAUUUUAAAGGAGAAUAUAGCUUGGCAAGUACUAAGAUAACAUCAAGAAGGGAUGAUAAACAACAUUAAUUUGCCUUUACCCAAAGAAUAGAGGAGACUGAGAGCUGAUUGGUGCUCUUUAACAUCCUCUUUUUAGUGUGUGGAUGUGGCAUUUGCGUCAAAGAUUCUGAAAAUUCAAGCUCCUCCUCUUGCAGAUUCAUCCAAUUGAUGACUCGUACACAAUCUGUUUCCUGCCAUGUUGCUUUCCCAGCAGCUAGCAGAAACGAUGAUUCUUAACCCACAAGGCCAUGGCCUUGUCCUUUGCAUCAUCAAAUUUCCUCACUGGUGGUUUAUCACUGCGGUCUGUUAGGUCAUUAGCAUUAUUCCGUUGUAAAUGAACAAGGCACUGCUGUUCUGUAGUCACCCUAAGCGCAAAGAGAUGCCACUGUGGUACCUGACCUAGCUAUGGAGUGGUGCCCCAGUUCAUGUGGUUUUUACAAGCGGUGCCCAGUGCUUCCUGGCAAAACUUCUACAGCAUGGUACUGGAACAACUCCCACCCUCUUCUUCCUUCCCACAGAUCCGCUGA